CUCCCGACGAGUGAGAGUAUAAGAGACUGAGAGGUGAGGUGACGGUCAGUGUCACACGGGGGAUCAACCCGUCAACAUCACCCGCCACUCUCACACCAACAUGAAGUCCUUCGCCUGCCUCCUGCUCCUGGUGGCCCUGGUCGCUGCCGAAAUCCACAGAGUGCCGCUGAAGAAGGUGGAGCGGAAGAGGACCCUGCAGGACCUCCGUCGCUCCCACGCCUUCCUGGCUCACCGUUACGGCGCCAAGGACGACAUCAUCGUCAUCGACGACUACCAAGACGCUCAGUACUAUGGACCCAUUAGCAUCGGGACGCCCGGGCAAGGGUUUGAUAUCAUCUUCGACACUGGAUCGUCCAACCUUUGGGUGCCGUCUGAACAGUGCAGCAUCAUCAACCUGGCCUGUCAGACGCACAACCGCUACGACUCCACGCUCUCCUCCUCCUACAAAGCCAACGGCACCGACUUCGCCAUAGAGUACGGCUCUGGCUCCCUCACCGGCUUCCUUUCCAGCGACACGGUGGCAGUCGGGGACUUGGCUGUCGUUGACCAGACCUUCGCUGAGGCCACCCACGAGCCUGGCAUAGCCUUCCUGGCGGGCGUGUUCGACGGCAUCUUGGGCAUGGGCUUCGUCGAGAUCUCCGUCAUGGGAAUCCCCACAGUGUUCGACAAUAUGGUGGCUCAGGGCGUCGUCGAUGAACCCAUUUUCUCCUUCUUCCUUAACCAUGACAUGACCGAGACGCUCGGAGGGGAACUGGUGCUGGGCGGGUCAGACCCCAACCACUACGAGGGAGAGUUCCACUACGUCCCAGUCUCCAGGGUGGGCUACUGGCAAAUCACAGCCGAGGCGAUUAAGGUCGGAGGCGUAGACACGACCUUCUGCAGCCCGUGUGAGGCCAUCGUCGACACCGGCACCUCCCUCAUCGCUGGACCCAAAGAUGAGGUCAAGGAGAUCGUAACCCAGUUAGGAGGGUUCGCCUUCCUUGCUGGAGAGUACCUCAUCAACUGCGACAAGGUGGAGGAGAUGCCGCUCUUCACCUUCACCCUCAACGGCCAGGACUUCGACCUGACAGGACCCGAGCUGGUCAUCGAGAACGUGGACGAGGCCACCGGAGCCAAGACCUGCAUUGUGGGCAUCCUGGGGCUCGACCUGGGCACCAUCGAAGCCUGGAUCCUUGGAGACCCAUUCAUCGCCGACUACUACACAGAGUUCGACGUUGGCCAGAAGCGCAUUGGUUUUGCCAAAUCGAUUUAGACGAUAUUGUCUUCCAAGUUGCCACAACUCUCCUCCCCAACCCCGACCUCCCUUAUCUGCCCCCUACGUCCAAGUGGUUGAGCACCAUUCCUUUCCCCCGUCAAAUCCCAAAUCCUUAUCCUGACCCCUUCCCAGUGCUUAAUGGUCAUAAUGGCUAAGUGCUGUCUCCUCAUAGUUCUCUCUCUCUCUCUCUUCUCUCUCCCCCACAGCCCUCUAUAGCACCCAUCCAGCCCCCUCCACUUUCAAAGGGUGAGGCCGGGAUAGGUGGAAUAAAAAAAAUUGGACUCUGUCGUGAUUAGAUUUUCUUUAUAGCGAA